AUGCCCAGUCCUUGGACGCCAGAAGACCGCGCUAGACUCUUUGCCUGGGUGGAACAGAAUGGAGCUGGAAAUUGGACUCAAGCGGCCACGCAGAUCCCCGGAAGGAGUGCCAAACAGUGCAGAGAUCAAUGGGUACAGAUCCUUGCACCGAUGAUCAAACGCCUCUGUAACCUACCGAGUGUUCCCAAAUCGAAAAAGAACGUAAAAAUGGAACAUUAA